AUGAAGAUGCUAUCUUGGGCUCUCGCUGCUAUCUUUAGAGGCUUUGGGUCUUUGUCAUCUUUCCAAUGCUACAGUUAUCCGAACAUAGUUAAAGACAAAUUAAAUGACUUCAGAGUUGCCUUCAUCGCUCUUGAUACAAAGGUGAGUUCCUUUUCUCCUCCUGGAUUCAUUAAUGAGAGAGUGGUAACGCUGACACUUGAUCGGCUUUUGGAAUUGAUGAACCAAGUCAUGCAAGCCAAUCAAUUUACAGGGAAAGAAAGUAAAUGUGGCGAUUUCAAGCCACGUCGUUCAUCUCAAAAGGAGCGAUUCUUUAUGAGUCCGAACGGCUUUUUCGGUCACGUGAGUGCGCCGAUUACCUCGCUGCUGGACAGCCCAGUGCAAGAAAGUUCGGAGAUUAUAGAGGACGUUCCUUAUUACAGGUCCUAUUGGGGUACAGGAUGCGACAACUCAUACCCACCCUUGACAGGAACAUUGUUAGAUGAUUCAUUAGGGACAUCAAGAACAGACGCCGGCUCAUUUUCCAUGGCUUAUGAGAGUCUAGCGCAUUAUAUGCCAGCCAGAACCUUGCCCUGCUUUGUCUCACCGCGGCACGGUGAUGUCUACGUUCGAGAAGUGAGAGAUGAGUGGGGUGAUAAACGAGCGUUGCAUCGAAGAUUUGGAGGUACAGGGCUGGACUGGGCUGAAGGUCUGAACAACAAGGCCGUUCUCAAUGAACUGAUGCCAAUAGAUGGCAGCACGGCGAGGUUUGCCGGGGAAGAGAGGUCUGGUCUCAGCUGCAAGGCACAGCAAGCUUUGUUCCUGCAUUGGCAACAGGCCAGAGUCACUUGUCUAGAUGAGAAGGCGGGUUCGGAGAAGCGUGAAGCAGUAAACGCGGGGGAGUGCGGCCGGCGCAUUGUCAAUUUGCGCUGUUUUCCUACGGCAGGUUUUUGCCGGAGCAACAGUGCAAAGUCCAUGUGUUGUCGGUCCUGCCCCGACUUGCCUUUGGGAGCACACGUGCUGAGAAUAGAGGAUGGGAAGAGGCGACAAUUGUCGAUGCAGUUCCCUUUCCUCAGUGGUAAGGCUGAUGAAACCAAUCAAAUCCAUGGCAAUGCUACGCUGCUUUUGCGCUUUUCCGCGUUCCCUUACCGAACCCCAGUCCACAGGUCACAAGCUGUGUCAGUAGGAUAUCAAUACGAGUACGGAGUACAGGUUGACCUAUUCAUAAGAUGCUGUAACUGGCUCCACCUCAAUCUGCCGUGGGACAAACCACUUGGAGAGAGCAACGAAAUCGAAGACACCGGGGGUGGGCCGGCGGCCAGGGCGGACUGCGGGAGCCAACUCCGGAGACCCUCACGGCUCACGGCACAGCAGGAGGAUGAGGCACUGCAGAAAUGGGAAAUAGACCAUAUGCAGAGACGCACAUCGCAAUGCGGUGUUCUCGGGGAACAGAGAGCUACUCUGCGCGUAUUCUGGCGCCUCAACGCAACGCAAUACCACGCCCCAAUGGCGGCUAUUGCGUCCCUUGCAUCAAUCCCCUUCCGUAGGACCCCAAUGCGCCAAGAUUCGCACCCCGUCACACCUCUCGAGAAGAAAAUUGCCGGACGACUUAGCCAGGUUCCCCUUCAAACCCCAAUUGAGCACUGCCCGCCGCCUCCCAUCUCUUGGGAGAAGACCGGGAGAAGUCAGUUAUUGCUGACCGCCUCCAAAGUCCCUCCUUUCUCCAAGCCCCCAAAAUGUCUGCCUACGGCUAUCCCAAAAGGUACAAGUUUUUGGGAUUUGCCAAUGCUCGUAUUGUCGCCUUUUGACCAGUUCAUGCCCAUUUCGAGUCAGGGGGUCACCUCGCAAAUGUGUUUGAAGACCGAGGUCAAGCCUCAGAGUCCAAAAGCCCUGACUAAGAGUUCGAACACGAUCUUCUUGGCUCUAAUUUCUUCUUCGUCUGAGUCCUUUGUGAUGAUCACACCGACAACCGCUGUUCUUUCACUUCAUGUUUGUUUGCCAACAGCAUCCCCGCAAAACGGCCCCUACCUUACCCGUGUAGACGUGGUCAUGGCGCAGCGCAUCGACCCUUUGGCCGCUUUUGGUACACGCCGUCUCUCUUGCGACAUCAAGCCGCAGCCCGUAGUCUCCCUCUACCUCACGAACAGGCACCCAACCUUGCCAGUCGCAAAAAAGAUCGCGCUCUUACAGUCAUCCAUGCCAUUCCCCUUGCUUCUUCUUGUCUGGAUAGGUGCGAGCUUAGCGUUCAGAAUGUCCUGCCUCCUCCAUCUCGCCCGAGAACCCGGCCGCGGCCGUUGGGGGCCCGGCACACGGACGGGACGCCCGCUUGGGAUCACCUCUUGUCCAGCCUUCUCCACGCGACGCUUGACGGGUUAG